AUGGAGGGCAAACUGCUGAGCUUCAUGGGCCUGCCGUUUGACCUGAAGGCAUUGAUCAUACAGCAUAUAACCCGUCCAACUGAUCUCAAGAACGUCUGUCUCGUCUGCAAACAACUCCACGAAAUCGCCGUUCGUCAGCUCUACUACGAAGUCACCCUCGAUGUCGGGUCUCCCAAUGACACGCGGCUCGGAGCUUUUCUCAAUCCCAGGAACAUUGGUCUGAAACAUGUGCGCAAACUUGAUCUCUAUCUUGCAGACAUCAUCGACAAGUGUGGCCAACUACAGCAAGCCAAUUUUGCGAUUCGCAUGAUACUUGAACUCAUGCCAGAAGAUCAACUGGAGAAGUUCUCGUGGCAUCCUUGGUCGCCCUUCUCCGGAGACAAUCUCGUGCUGUUGUACAAGAAGCAGAGGCGCAUGAAGUGGAUGGAGAGCAUAUCGCUGGAUCGCGAUGUUCUGGAGGAGUUGCAGAAGAUCCCCAAUAUUGAAAAGACAUUCGAAAACGUCCGGAAGAUUGGUCUCUACCCGGAUACACGAGAGGUCAUGAACUUCUGCAACUUUCUGCUAAAACACACGGCGAAUCGCACCUUGGACAAGAUUACGCUACAUGCGAGUUUCGAUGAACACGAUGCGAGCAUCACAUCCAGGCAACUGAACGACUCAGCUACAGCACCUGGACUGCUUACUUCGACCAUGUUCAGACACAUGAUGCCAUUUUCAAAAUGCACCCCAAUCGUCCUGAAGGAGAUCACUCUGCAGAAGGUCCAUUUACGAUAUGCUUCAGAGACGUACUGCAAGCUCAUCGACUUCCAGUCUGUAAAGGGUAUACGCAUCUAUGGUUGUUCAGGCGCUGAUGCUCUGUUUGCCGAGCUCAGCAAGAGCACCAAGCUUCCCGACAGGCUCGAAACUCUAGAGGUCAAGCAUGAUGAUAGCCCUGACAAUGAUGGUCUCAAUGCCAUUGACGGGUUUUUGUGUCUUGUGUCGGGACUCAAAGUUCUCACUCUGGAUAUCAUUGAUGCCAAGAGUCCACCUGCUGCAGCAGGCGUCGUACGGCAUGGCAAGACGCUUAAGACGCUGAACAUUCACGCGAGUACAGGCCCUGAUAGCUGCGACGAGGAGCUCGUCUAUGACUAUGCAUCUUGGGCGCAGAUUUGCAAGGAGUGUGUGGCCUUGGAGCAAGUGUCAGUGGCCUUUCCUCCAGUCAGUGUUGUACGCAGUAAGAACGACAGUUUUGUCAACUUUGAGAACUGCUUAGGUGAUCUACCCAACCUCGUCACCCUUAACAUCACUACAUGGCCGAACAACAGCCCAUCAUCAGCAAAACUACCUCGCAAGAUUUACGAGCAUCUUCUCGCCGGGCUCGCGCAACAAGGCUUCGAGCGCAGCAUUUCCUAUGCCAAGGAGCACAAUCGGUCGUCCAAGCUGGCCAUCAUCGCAUUUGGUUCAUCCGAUAAAGUUUACGAUCGCGAAGACAGCCAAAACCAAAUGAUCUUCGUCAAGGGUCGCCAAAUUGACCCAUUAGGCAACGAAAAGCCGACGGCUGUACAGAUUGGAUGGUGUCUGAGGAAAUUCGUAGAUGCGGGACCCAAGUCUAGUAUUCUGGACUUUGCACUGACGAGGACAUCGAGGCCGCCCACGAGGAAUGAGCCGGAUAGUGAUGAUAGCGAUUGA